GAAGGAAUCACUUGUGCGCGCGCCAUCGAAAUGGACGGUUGUCCAUGUGUCUCACACUGGCUUGGAACGUUGUUUUUUCUUCAAAGCAGCGAGGUCGGCUGGAAAAUAAACGAAAAAAUGGCUAGAGAAGAAAAAUAGCACUGUUACUUCUAACAUAGCCUUUUAUUGGAGAUUUUUGCUACCGUUACCACUACUGGGACAAAGUUGGAUGUGGUGUUCUGUUCUACUGGCGUGGGAGCAGUUCAUGAAUUAGCUUUUGCAGUGCUUUUUAUCUAGCCGUAACAAAAACAAAGUGGGCUACUUGCUCCAUAUUCUUCGUUUUUGCGGUGUAAAUUGUGCAAGCGUGUGUGCGUGUUGGAAAAAUAACUUUAGUAAACCGUUAUAUUUUCAUAGUUCAACGUCCUAGUGUUUUUUAAAAAAUCAGUAAAUUACUGCUUUGAGAAACGGUAAAAAAUACAGUGUUGUAUUGAACGUUAAGUCGUUUUUAACAUUUUGGCACUAAGUUUAAUAAUACUGGACUUGUUAAAUUCUCAGUGGAUCACUAAACGAUAUCAACUGGUGUCUAGAAUCUGAUGGCGCUUUUAUUUUAGUUUUUUCUAAAUGCGGAGGGGGAGGUGAACUCCUCGACUUGGUUCAUAAGACUACUACGAUAUUAGUACAAGCCGGCCUGCAAUCGUUUAAAAGAUUAAAAUAACAUCGAACAUAGUAUCACUUAUCUUUAACAAUUCUUCAAAGGACUCGUAUCACCUUUUUCGUUUGAGCAACUUUCGAUAUUCAAUAAAAUUUUGUUUCGAAUUCUAAAAUGACACGAGUAUAUCCGACAGCGUCAACAAACAACGUAAGCCACAAUAACACCGCUGUGGAUUACGGGAAUUAUGAUUAUCCGCCACCAGCCAAACGUGGUCGUGGCUAUGCACCAAUGGGCGAAUUCGAUUUGAGUCUCAUACGUGAAUUUCGUGCUCGUCCUGGCUUCUACGACCGCAAUUCAGCAAGUUUCAAGGACAAAUUGCACGUAGCACAUCAAUGGCAGGAGAUUUCGAACAAAUUGGGUUUCGAUGUUUCCUUGCUGAAGGAUCGCAUGCUACAGCUGCGCAAUCGUUAUAAUCUCGAGAAGCGUCGCCUCGAGCAGUUGCGCGAUGAGAAUCCCGGUCAGGCGGUUGACUCACCAUGGCCGCUAUUUCAUCAUUUACAUUUCCUCUCCGAACACAUACGGCCACGUCGCUCUUACAAGAGCAUGCAACCGCGUACAUCGCUCGCUGAUUCGGCUGAUGAUGACGAGGACUACACAGAGCGUCCGCGACCGAAACGGCACCAGCAGCGUCAGCUUAAGCCGCAUUUGGCAACUAGAUCAGCAACUGCUGGUGGUGGCAGGCGUGACUCCUACAGUGAUGGUGGCGGCGACGGCGGCGACGGCGGCGGUGCUGUUGGUGGUGGCGGCGGCGCCCACAAUAGCAGCGCCGAAACUUACGCUAAUGGUAUGCUCACCGUCAAAAUGGAGGAACCAGAUGGAGAAGAUCCAGAUGUUGCCGAUGCUGAAUCUGGCAGCCAAAGUGGCACUGAGGACAACAGCAGGGGCCAUCCCUUGAAGCUAAGUGCCGCUUCCACAUUGCUUAGCAUGCAACAACGUCAGCCACAUUCCAUGUCGCCAUAUAACAAGUCCAGCACCUCGUCAUCGAUGGCUUUGAAUAAACGUUCAUCAAAAUAUUCGACUUUGCCAGCUGCUCCACCGGCAUCAAUCAAAAUACGCCGCUUGGAUACGAUGCAAGAGCGUACGCCGGGCGUUGCACACACGCAACAGCGCGCCAGCAACAACGACAUUCCUUCGCAUAGCAAUUUCAACAAUAGUCACACAAACAAUAACAACAACAAAAACAAACGUCAGCGGCAACAAGAGUACACAUCAUUGAUGUCGCGUCAAGUGCAAGUGAAUCGUCGUUGUUUGAGCAAUUCAGAGCAAAAGUAUGCCGCUUUUGGCGAAUUUGUAUCCGCCUCCUUGUUGGAGUUGCCAGCAACACGUGCCCUGCAGUUGGUCGAAAAGUUCACGUCAGAGGUGGUGCGAGUGCUUUUGGACAGCACAGAGAAAUCGCCGCAAGUAGGCGCUGAACAAAGUAUGGCCCAGCAACAGCAGCAGCAGCAGCCGCCACCACCGCUACAGCUAUUGCAACCAUUGCUGUCACAAGCGCAACCGCAGCAGGUGCCAACACAAUUUCAGCAAAUGAAUGGGGGGAGCAUUAGUGAAGCACUAAAUGGCGUUUAAAUAUUGUAUGCUUGUU